CAGAGGGACAGAGAGAUAAGACACCUUUACACUCUCAAACCCACCAAAACCUCGUCACAGACGCACACACGCCGUUCUCCGCCAUUAAAAUACCUUUGAAGAAGCUUUAGCUUCGCUUAAAAUCAGCAAAAAUAGGGUUUAAUCAAGAAGCCCACCUCGAUUCCACCGAGGAACAGCACCAGUCGCGUUCCUGUUGCGGUCUGAGGAAGAGAAGCAGCAACACCCACCACAAAGCGACGGCCAUGGCGACGGCGACAGCGACGGCGGCGGNUACGACAGCGACGGCGACGGCGAAGGCGGAGCAUCCUCCGCCGCAGCCGCAGAACCAUAGGGAGAUGGUGCUUCACACCUCGGGGAGUCUGAGCUUCAGCAGCCAGAUGUCGAGGGAGGACGAGGAGAUGGCUCGUUCUGCUCUCUCUGCGUUUAGGGCAAAAGAGGAUGAGAUCGAGAAGAAGAAGAUGGAGGUUCGUGAGAGGGUCCAGGCCCAGUUGGGCCGUGUCGAGGAAGAGACCCGUCGUCUCGCUUUAAUCCGUGAGGAGCUUGAAUCUCUAGCAGAUCCCAUGAGAAAGGAAGUUUCUAUGGUCCGCAAGAAGAUCGAUACUGUGAACAAAGAGCUCAAACCAUUAGGCGCAACUGUUCAAAAGAAGGAGAGGGAAUACAAAGAAUCACUCGAUUCAUUCAACGAGAAAAAUCGAGAGAAAGUUCAGCUGAUCACCAAACUAAUGGAGAUGGAGCAGUUGGUGGGAGAAAGCGAGAAGCUGAGGUUGAAGAAACUGGAGGAACUCAGCAAGAGCAUAGAGACAGUGUGAAAGACAAGAACUAAUCUGGUUUAGGGUUUUGUUUGUGUGAUGUAUUUAUUUGUGGGUGUUUUUGUUAUUUUUUCUUAUUUUGGGCAUUUGGUUUGUAAAAUUUCUGGUUUGUAUUUUGAUUAACCAAUUAGGGUAAUUUGGGAAAAUUUGUUAGGGUGUUGAAGCGUAAGGUUUGUGUAAAACACACGUUUUUCUUUCUUCUCUAUUUUAAUUUGUAUUUGUUGCUUCCAAAUUGUUUUUUUAUUUGA